AUGCUAAGAGUGACAGCUUUGGCUCUAAGAUUUAUACAAAAAAUACGCAAGUUACCUUACACAAAUGGAAGCUUGAAAAGUUCUGAAAUGAAAACUGCAGAAGAAAUGUGGUUACUACAUGUUCAAAGAAAACACUUUGCUGAUGAAUUUGAGUCAAUUAGAAGUGCAAAGAAAAACAAUCUGCAACAACAAUUAGGUCUUUAUAUUGAUGAAGUUGGACUACUGCGAUGCAAAGGCAGAUUAGAGAAUGCGGAUAUCAGUGAAAAUGCCAAACAUCCAGUACUUCUGCCAAGAAAAGAUCGUUUGACAUAUCUUUUCAUUGACAAAAUACACAAAGAAAUUCUGCAUAGUGGUGUUUCCCAAACGUUAGCAAAAACAAGACAAAGAUUCUGGAUUCCACAUGGUCGAGCAACAAUAAAGUCUGUUCUACAUAUGUGUACAGUGUGUCGCCGCUUUGACGGAGGUCCUUAUAAGAUGCCGCCGAUGCCGUCUUUACCUCCAUCUAGAGUGACAGAAUGUAGGCCAUUUUCACGAACAGGUUUAGAUUACUUGGGUCCUAUCUAUGUGAAAUCAAAUGAUACACCAAAGAAAGUGUGGGUUUGUUUAUUCACCUGUCUCGUGACUAGAGCCGUGCAUCUUGAAGUCGUGCUUGAUAUGUCUACUGAAGAAUUUUUAAGGUGCCUGAGACGAUUUAUUUCUCAAAGAGGCACCCCUGUUCAGUUGAUCAGUGAUAAUGGUUCGCAUUUCAAAGCUGCCAGUUCAAUAUUAGAUCGAAUAUGGAACAGAACGCUCCAUAGUGAUGAAGUUCAAACGUAUGCGUCUAACUCCAGAAUCACUUGGAAUUUCAUUACGGAACUUGCUCCGUGGAUGGGAGGCUAUUACGAGAGACUCGUAGGCAUAAUAAAAAAAGUGUUUCGAAAAACGUUAGGCCGAAGACUUUUAACACUUAUUCAGUUGCAAACAUUAGUGAAAGAAGCGGAAGCGGUCGUGAACUCAAGACCUCUUGUCUACGUAGGUGAUGACGUAAAUUCCAGCAUCACAUUAACGCCUAGUCAUUUUUUAACAUUAAACCCAAGUACAGGUAUUCCGGAAUUGGAAGCAGAUGACAUGGAUUCUGAUUUUUUAGCUUGUUAUAGUUCAAGUGAUCGUCUUCUAGAAAUUUGGAAAAAGGGUCAGAAAUUGAUUAACAUGUUCUGGCAAAUUUGGCGCAACGAUUACCUGUUGAGUCUUCGGGAAAGGACUCAAACACAAUUAAAAACUGGGAGAAUUCAAUCUUCUGAUCAACCAAGUAUAGGCGACAUAGUGUUGCUAAAAGAGGAUUUGCCUGAGGAAGUUGGAAGUUAG